CGUUCCUCCAAUGACUAUCUGCUUUACGAAGCUGGUCGUUGCCUUUCACAUGCAGUAGUUCGCGAAUGGAACACAGUGUUUGCUGAGUCCGUGGACAACCUAGACGACUCGAAGGCUGUGCAAUUGUUGCAGUUCAUCUUGGACUGGGCUAAUCGUCGCAGCAAAGAGGUUUCAUCCGCUGCGAGACAACGCAUUUUGGGCGCUGUUGGCGCAUUGAUCAAACGGGCUGCUGCUGCACAUGCAGAGAAAGUGGCAUCGGCCUGGCGUUCCUCUUUCACUCUUAGUCGCAGUGGGGACUCCGGACGGUUGGGUCAGAGUGGACCCCGCAUUCUCACCCAUCCACCCGAUGAUCCGGGUCCGCCUUGUCCCAUCUUGGUUCGCCUCAUCGAUCACGUGGAAGCUCUCAUUCAACUGGCCAUGAGUGAAACGGACGGAAUAUCCAACGAAAAAUCUGCCCUGGAUCAAUCUCUAUUGGGCUUGUGUAUUCUGUCCGCCUUGCUAGACGAAAUGUCCAAUGCGGAGGACAGUGUUCAGUUGGAUCUCCCUCUGGAGGCGCACAUAUUUCUUCGUGCUCGUUUUCAGCUGCACACAUGGAUUCGCAGUUCGGAUGUGCUGGGUACACGAACUUUGUCUUGCUUAACACGAAUUUCGUCCAUGACUGGACCGUUAACUGAUCCAGUCACUCCACUGACCGGACUCAACGAGCCAGACUCCAAUGGAACUCCUUCAGCGGAAGACACCCACCAGCCCCCUUCGCUCGCUUGUUUGUUCCACGUGCUCACUUUUAUGAACCAUUUGAGUUUAUGGUUGAUGACCGGACCGGACGAGCUGACCUCUGCUAAUAGUGUACUCAUGGCUUUGUCUAGCACACAGCAGGCCGUUCUGCGUGAAGACUGUGAUCGACGUUUGACCGACGCGCAAUCCGUGCCUCGUAUCUGCCCUGCGGAAUUGCAUGCCUACGAACUACCGUUGCUGUCGGAGUUGGUCCAGAAUCUUGUUCUGUACAGUUCGCGAACAUGGGAGCCGGUCGAAACGGCACUGGCUUUACCCGGUUCAGUUGCCGCUGGACGGCGCUCUGCAAGUGACGUGUCAACCAUCUAUCACCAUGCUCUGCUUGUGCUUAUCGUGCUUGAUCGGUUCUUCGUACGAAUCUCAGCUUUACUAAUGCAAUGCCUGAAUUUCGCAGCCAAAUGGUCAUCAGACUCGGACGGAGACGGCAAAUUAGCACACGAAGCCGUCGAGCGAUUGUUCAGCAAUUGGAUUGAUCUGGUCGAUUUCAAUCCGGCGGCGGGGCCGGAUUCAGCAUUGGAAAAUGGCGAGAAUUGGAAUAAAAAGUCCCGUCUGUUCUCCACAACAUGUUCGGUCCCACUGACUGUGGGGGAUUCGCAUGAUUUAGAGCGGCGUUCACAACAGGUGGCACAAAUGGUCUUGUUGGUCCACUCAAACGCAGCUCAGCAUCAGACCAGUCUAUUCCAGGCGUUUCUGAUCUCAAAAUUGGUCGCAGGUGUUGGAUUGCGCGAACCGUGGGCCGAUCAGCAGGACGAGGAUAUCGAUUUGGAUUUAGAUGACAACGAUCUGAGUGCUUGGGAGGAUAGUCUGUUCGCCGCGGGAGCAUGUGGUCUUGCAAAUCCAAAACAAUCUUGUGAUCUACUACUUCGCCUUAUCGAUGAACGCGUGGAUCGAUUGGUCCGAUUGCACAACCAAGCCCCAGAUCAGGGAACGGUCGAUCUGUACGAAGAUCUACACUGGUUAUUGCUCGUCACGGGACACUUUCUGGUCAGUGGACCCGCAUUAAUGAACAGCUUGAUGCGACCUGGUUGCUCUUGGGGUACGGAGUUCUCGGUACGUUGUGCCCACCUGUCUGUGUUCGAACGGUCAGUGUGA